CACAGGUGAUGGAAGACGUCUGAGAGUAUUGGUUUGAGAAAGGCUAUUCUGGAAAAAUUCAAUCCCACCUGUAUCUUACUGUAUUGAAUGUUAUUCUUUCCUACCAUCUUCCUUAAUGGCUUUUUGAUACAGCUGAGCUCCAAGGAUGGGGCCAAGGACCUUGGAGAAUCACCAGCUACUUUGCCAACGGUAGGCACAAAUCUUACCGAUCUCUCAAUAGGAAAGAAGAUCACAGUUCGAGAGCUAGGAGGCUGCAUGGGUCCUAUCUGGUCCAGUUACUAUAGUGACUGCCAUGCUGUCCUGUAUAUGAUUGAUGCUGCCAAUCCUACUCAGAUUUCCGCAUCCUGUGUCCAGCUCCUGUCCCUCCUUUCUGCUGAACAGCUAACAUCGGUUCCUGUCCUCCUCAUUUUCAACAAAAUUGACUUACCAUGCUACAUGUCCCUGGUGGAGAUGAAGUCAUUAUUCCGAAUCCAAGAUAUCAUUGCUUGUGCCAAACAGGUUAUCACUGUGGCCGAGAUCAGUGCACGGGACGGCAGGGGCUUAUCUGAUGUAAUGAAGUGGUUGCAAUCCACCCUGCAUGAUUGAAGUUGGAAUCUGGAAAUGCCAAGAAGCUGAAGCGUUUCCUGCAAGCAGCGGAACAACAUUGCCAUCACAAACUUUGAUGUAGAAAUAUGUCAUUUAAAUUAUUCAGUGGAUUGCCUCUUAACUGGCAAAUUGGAGGUUGCUACUGCAUGUAGAUGCAUUGAAAGGGAAUAUUGAAGCUGCUAACGGUAAGCACAGUAAUCAUAUACAGCAUUGUAUGAUUUUCUCUAGGUAUUGGUACAGAUGAAAUAACUGCAAGUAAACAUGCUGUAACAGAGGAACCAAUCAGGUUUUGUAGGCAACAUGAAGUUUAAUUUCACGCAAAGUUUCUAUGCUUUGUAUUAUUUUCUGGUCCACGAAAUCAGAUCUGAUGGAAGUACAAAGCAAACAAAUUCCUGUUCUAUAACACACUAGAGAUUCAGGUUGCUCAAGUCUGAGCAUCUUAUUCAGGAGUUUGUGUGCAUGGUCUCUUGUGUUUCAGUUGUCAGUAGUUUAACUAUUUUCUACAAUACCGGUGAUCUAACUCUGAGAACCAAAAAUUCGUAGUCCUACCAAAUAUUAACUUGACGGGCUUUAGCAGAUAGCUUUUGCCAAUGGUGCAAUCUCUUGUUGUUCCCUGAGCCAGAAAUUCCAUCCAGACCAGUGUAACACUGACCUACUUUAUUAAAUACCAUAUACAGUAUUUGCUGUAGUGCAUACUGUUGCUUUUCUGUGAGGUACAUUAGAAAUAUGUUAAUUUUGUGGUGUUUCCUUGAUUUUAAUUGCUUCUCACUAGAAUCUCACAUUCUUAGAAAAUUUAGGUUUUUGGUGAGCUCAUACCAUCAUGUGAACCAGAUAUAGCUGAGUCAUGGGACACCAGCAAAAACGACAUCUACGAUGGCUCAGUAGAUUAUAGUUGAAUUACAAAAUGGGUGUGCAAUGUAGCAAUUCUAAAGUUCUGCAUGACUAAUUAGUUCUCUCAACCAAUUAAAAAUGGUAAAGUUUAAGAUGUAACAAGAUGAGAGCCUUACCAAUAUUGGAUGUAUUCUAUUUAAAAUUCAGUUCUUCUGUUACUCUUUCACGUAAACUUUUAUCUUCUCAGCUUUCCAUUUUAUUCUCUUGUAUCAGUGGCCUCCAUCAGAGCCACUAACCAGUUAUUAUUCCAAUUCAAAGACUCUCGAGAAUCUUUGAAUGGCUUGUAAGAAACCAAAUAUAUACUAGGGUUAAAAGUAAAGAAUAUUUACAGAAUGAAUGCUGGCAUUCAGUCCAGUUGUACCUCCUGCUGGACAAUCGCAAAGAUGGUUCAACUAGAGGUGAACACAGAUCACAUUCUCUUCCUGUCUCACAAAAUGGGUAGAUUCAACCCAGUAGAACUGACUCUCCCAACAAAUCAUGCUGUAUCUCUCUGUAUUCACCCUCCAUAAACACCCACUUUAAUGAGAGCUUUAAUUAAUUGCACUGAAUUCCUAAUACCAAAAGCUGGUAAAUUAUGAAUUCAGUGCAUCUGAAAGCUAUGAACCAACCCGUUUUAUGCUGCCGUAUUUUCUUAUUGGUGUUUUUAUGACAAUGCACUAAAUUAGACACUUAAAUAUUGAUCUGAAAUAAAUA